UAAGAUUCCAUCCCGCCAUCACAGCACGUGGAAAAUAUCAGAGUCCGUCGCAACAGAUCAGACCUGUGGCAGGCUGCUGCCUGUCAUUUACUUUGCGCCUCUUGCUCAGCGACGUAGCGCGAGCGGCCCCGUCAUGUUCCGGACGCUCCUGACACCGCUCAGGCUGCGCUUCGACUCGUCGCCACGCUCCGCUGUCACCCAAAACAUCGUCACGCCGAUUGUCGCUGAGGAGGAUGAGCUUGAAAACCCGGAGGACUUUGCGAGGGAUGUGCUGGUCGAGCUCAUGCGGAACUCCGUGGAGAAGCUGAAGAUGUCGCAGGACACACACUCGAGGAUGGAGACGCUGGUCGAGAUACAGCGCAUUAUGCUCCAAGACUCGCUAUCCGCAACGAAGGACGUGUUCAGGGAGAUGGAUGGAUUCGUCGGACUCAUGAGUGUUCUCUCCGCAGCGCAUGAGGGAAGCGAGAACGCGGAUGAGGCACAAUUGGGGGAGAUCAUUGAAUGCAGCCGGCUUGCAUUCAUGAUCACGUCGGAAGCGAUGACCGACCACCCGGACAACACUCAGUACUUCAAGACACGCAUCGGAUUCGAGUCGCUAGCCACUGCAAUCGAGAACCUUACCUUGGAUCCACGGACCGUGGACUACACCAUGGGCCUUCUCCUUUCCUUCGCAUUCCGAAACUUCUCUAUUGCGGGGACCUUCAAGUCUAUCCGCGGAGUCGAGCUACCCAAUGUCGAGCCCACCCUGCGAGAAGUGGUGUCGCGCCUGGGGGGUAUCAAACGCCCGGGGGCUAUCGCACUCAUUAACAGGUUCGCACCGCAGCUCGUUGGCCAAGACGCGACUAUGCGCUUCGGUGUCCUCAAACUAUUCGAGCUACUGGCCAACACGACGCACCGGAACCACGUUAUAUUCAGCAGUCUCGAGUUGGCGGAGAAUGUGCUGGUGCGCUUUUGCGAGCUCGACACGCCAGAUGUGGAGAGGAAUGUGCUGCAGAAGCUGUUGAGGCGACUGCUGGACAUGGGCGCAACGCCUUCUGUGGCAAGAUACUUGUUCCAGGCAGUGAUAAGGGAGGAUGGAACGCUGCAUGCUGAGCUGCUGGAGAUGAUUCGGUACGGGAUGAAAUCGCGGUGGCUAGAACACUUUUCGAUGGAGUCGCCCGCUUCGCUGACGAUGACGGACGACGGUGUCAAGGGUUUGCCAGUGACGGGCUUUACGUACAUGACCUGGCUCUGGAUCAAAGAGCUUCCCAGUACGACCCACACCCUGUUCUCUGCCCAGAUGAACAGCCGCUCCCUCCUUUCGCUGAGCUUGCGAGGCGACGGCAAACUCGAGCUGGCAUCCUCCGCCAACCGCGACAUCGGCGUGUUCCGAAAGAGCCAGAUCACCAAAAUGAGGUGGACACAUGUCACGCUGGUGCACUACCCGUCACGGGCCGGCAAUCCGACCAUCCGACUUUACCUUGACGGAGUUUUGAAUGACGGCUUCAACUGGAACUAUCCAAAAUUCGAGUCACAACCCCAGACGAUCAAGUACAUCAUUGGCGAGGAUUCGAACAAGACCAGGAUGAGCUGGUCGAUUGCCUCUGCUCAUCUGAUGGCUUUCCCAUUCGGCGACGAUCUACCAAGAUUCAUACACCAUCUGGGACCCCGCUACUCGGGAAAUUUCCAGGACCCCAUGCUCGUCAAGUUCCUCACCUACGAGGCCUCCACAUCCCUCAACAUGUAUCUGUCCACGAUCGCCGCAAAAUCCAAUGUUCCAGUGGCUAACAUGGCCCUGAUGAAGGUCGUAAAUGACGGUCUCGGUGUGCCAGAGUCGUCCAUCAUUUUUUCGGUUUCGCCUAGGAGUUGUCCGACCGAUGAUCCCGAGCGGGCAAUCGUCCCAGCCAACGGCAGUAGACACGAAUUUGCGACUCGUGGUGACGUUUUCAUCGUCAAGGCCGCCUGUUUGGAUAUGUCUCUUUGGAAGAUCGGCGGUGCAGCUGUCCCGUUGCGACUACUACAAGUCGCGAGCACUCCUCACGAGGUAUCCCGAGCACUGGGUGUGUUGCUGGAUGGCCUCAGAAACAGCUGGCAAAAUUCUGAAGACAUGGAGCGGAUCCGUGGCUACGAGAUUAUUGCCGGUGUGCUCCGGCCCAAAGCGCACUUGAUCAACAUGACUGGCUUCGAGACUAUUUUCGAGUUUCUCGGCUUCAAUUUCCGUUCACCGGAACAUUCCACCGUUGUGAAUGCCGUUGCUUACCGCGCCAUUGCGCUGGACUUUGAGCUGUGGUCAAGCACACGGGUGGAGGUGCAACGAGUCCAUCUCGAGCAUUUCACCACCCUCCUCGUCUCGAGCCGGUACAAGAAAUUCAACAUCAAGCAGCGCUUCCCCAAGCUUGGGCUCGUGCGCAAGCUCCUGUUUGCUCUGCAGACAAACUGGUACCAGUCUGAGAUCGUCCCAUUCGUGCUCGAGGCCCUGAAAUCCGCGCUCCAAGUCAAUUUCUCCAAAGACGACGCUAUCAAACCCGUCGUUUCGUAUCUCGCAGCCAAUCUGCACCCCGACAAGGCCGCGGAUGACAAAGACAAGGACGAGCCCGCCUCGCCGCAGAGCAUGGAAAAUCGUGACCCGCGAGAGAAGGCGGAGAUGGUCCUGGAGAUGCUCAUCUCGCUCCUUUCGAUCCCGGUGUUAUACAACAGAUUCUGUGUCGUCCUCCCCCUGACGCGGAUCUGCAUCCUGCUCCUGGGUGACCGGCCAUCGCCGUUCAUCGCCACCCAGAUUCUCACGCUGGUGGCGAUCAGCAACAGCAUGGCCCCCGCGUUCGCACGCAAAUUCGAGCUCAUCAGCGGAUGGAGCGUCUUCAAGACCGUGCUCCCUUCGUGCUGGGACCCGGUUGUGAACGAAGCUGCUCUGGAUGUUCUGCUCGGCCGUUUUUCCGGUGGAGAAACGAUCAAGUCUCCCCUUGAGAAUGGGCAGAGCGCACCCUCCGCGAAAAUCGUCUGCCCUCAAAUCGUGCCCACUAUCUUUUCCGCUCUUCAAGUCGGCUUGGGCACCGUCGCACGAAAUUGCAGUGUUGAUGAUUCGGAAAACGUGUCCUGGGCCGUCGAGUCGACCAUGGAGGUCCUCAUCGAGGAGCUCAUUGACCUGCACGCCUCGAGCAACCCGUUCCGCGAAGUGUUCAGGUCGCAGCAGACGAUGCAGCUGUUCGUGAACAGUUACAAGGCUUUCACGCUGCGAGUCGUCGAGGCGUCGACCAUCAACCAACGGACCAUCCGUAUUCUAGAAAAGCUGUCGCACUUUGGCCUGGCUCUGGCUCUGGACAACUGUGUCGCCGGCGCUCAGAAACGCGAGAUCCUCGACACGCUAGCAGAAGCCGAAACGAUCCUCGCGCCAUCCAACGAAAAGACGGCAAUCGACCCCGCUCUCGUCGUCGACACGCGCACCGUGCGCCAGCGAUUCGCAUCCGCGCGGUUCAGCAUCCAGAUCGGCGAGCGCGCGGUGGUCAAGACUAUGACGCGGAUGAACGAGUGGCGGCUGACGAUCCAGUCGUCCGAGCGCCAGCGGGUGCGCAAGACCAUCCUCGAUCUCCGUGAAAACAAGCGCCAGAUCUCCCGGCUGUCCGAGUGGUCGAACCUGCUGACCUCGGAGCGCGGGCUGUGGCCGAAUCCCGAAGUUAGGACGUGGAGAUUGGAUGAGACGGAAGGGCCGCAGCGCGUCCGAAAUCGACUGGAGCCGAUGAACGACAAGUCACUAGCCAUCCGCAUCGACACGAGCGAUCCCAACAUGCGGAACGUCGAGGCGCCCGACAUCGACACGCAGUCGAUCGUCCAAGCAGAGGUCCCGCCGUGGGCCGAGUCGUACGAGAUUUCUGCGACGGACAUGGACGAUCGGCAACUUGCGGAAGAGAUCACGGACGACAAGCACCGGCGCGUGCGCCACGAGCUGGAACCCGGGGACGUCAUCGAGGCGGUGGCGACCGUCGCACGGAUCGCAGGGGUGGACUCCUCGCCCGGACUGAUGAUCAUCGGACGGACGCACAUCUACAUGCUCGAUGGGCUGGUCGAGAGCGACGACGGCGAGAUCGUGGAUGCGCACGAUGCCCCGAAGCAGCUGUUCUUCGUGCCCGGCAGCAUUGUCGAGCUUGACGGUCCGCAGAAAGCCCAGCGAUGGUCGCAUGACCAGAUAGCUGCGUUUGGCGACAAGACAUUCUUGUUCAGAGAUGUGGCGCUCGAGAUGUACUUCAAAGACAGCCGCUCGCUCCUGAUCGUCUUUCUCGACAAGCAGCGGCGCCACAACUUUGACCAGAGACUGCAGCACAUCAUCACCCGGCACUCCCACCCGGGAGACAAUGUCCCAUCGGCGUCGACGCCCAUGGGCCGGAGCCGCACGCCGCGGCCUGGGUUUGGGAAGGUGUUCCAGCGGUCGGACGAGCUGUCGACUGCUCAGCGGCGGUGGCAGGCGCGAGAGAUCAGCAACUUCACGUACAUCAGCAUCCUGAACCAGAUCUCCGGUCGCACACCGAGUGAUGCGACGCAAUAUCCCAUCUUCCCCUGGGUGCUGAAAGACUAUACCUCGACAACACUGGACCUCAACAACCCUGACUCAUUCCGAGACCUGACCAAGCCAAUGGGCGCGCUGACCGAUGUCCGGCGCGAGGCCGCGACGAUGCGCUACACGAAUCUCGAGAGCGUCGGCGAGAAUCCGUUCCACUACGGGACGCACUUCAGCUCGUCGAUGAUCGUGUGCCACUUCCUCAUCCGGAUGGCGCCCUUUACGAACAUGUUCAAGACACUGCAGGGCGGAGACUGGGAUCUCCCAGAUCGGUUGUUCAGCGAUGUUGCGCGCGCAUAUGAAUCGGCUGCAUCCGACGUCCGUGGCGAUGUCAGAGAGCUCAUCCCCGAGUUCUACACAUGUCCAGAGUUUCUCGAAAACUCGGACAACCUCGACUUUGGCGUGCAGCAGAACACAGGAGAGAAGAUUCACGACGUGAAGCUCCCGCCAUGGGCCAAGAAUGACCCGUUGUUGUUCAUCACCCUGAAUCGACGGGUAGGCACUGUGCUCUGCAUUCCCCAUAUGGACUGGCCUCUCAUUUGUUUCGACAGGCACUGGAGAGCGCGUACGUGAGCGAGAAUCUUCCAGCGUGGAUCGACCUCAUCUGGGGCCACAAACAACGGGAUCCCGAGUCUCUGAACUGCUUCCACCCGCUGUCGUACGAAGGCUCGAUCGACCUGGACAAGAUCACGGACGAGCUCGAGCGCGAAGCGACGGUGGGCAUCAUCCACAACUUUGGGCAGACGCCGCGGAAGCUGUUCACGACGCCGCACCCGGCCCGCUACGACUACGGCCCGUCGACGCUGCCGAUCGGGACGUCGUCGGGGAUCGAGGAGGACCCGCACAUGCUGGUCCAGGAGGGCCGCUGCUUCCACGAGCUGGGGACGGGCAAUCCCGUACGCGAGCUGGUCAUGGAUCCGAUCGCAGACCGAAUGCUCGCCUGCCCGGAGGGCGUGCUCGUCGUGCCGGGCCGGCCGCACGAACGGGUGGAAUGGGGCACGACACGGGCGGCGGCGGGGCAGCUGCGGUACGUGAUCGACCAGCGGGUGGUGCAGGUGAUCGAGGAGGCGUUCUGCGUGUGCGCGGCAUUCGCGGACUCGACGAGCCUCGUGACCGGGUGCAGCGACUACACAGUGCGGCUGUGGAAGAUGACGCGCAGUGCGCACAACUCGAACAUCGUGCGGCUCGGGCUGGCGAACAUCAUGCGCAUCCACACGCACGACGUCGUCGCCGUGACCGCGUCGCGCGCCUGGGCGAUCGUGCUCAGCGGCUCGCGCGACGGGAGCGCGGCGAUCUGGGACCUGAACCGCGGGAUCUACAUCCGCUCGAUCUGGCACGACGCGCCGGUGCACCUCGUCGCCAUCAACGAGAGCACGGGCUACAUCGCCACGUGCUCGAGCAACAAGCUGUCGCUGCACACCAUCAACGGCCGCGCGAUGGCGGUCCUCGAUCUCACCGCGCCGUCGCCGACGGACGGGAUCAUUUUCUCGCCGAUCACGUCGCUCGCGUUCCACGAGCGGGAGUACUCGCACAUGGGCGUCCUCGCGACGGGCGCGUUGGACGGGACGAUCACGCUGCGCACGUGGACCGCCGACGGGACGCCCGCGGGCGAGACCGCCGUCUGGGAGUUCCUGACGAUGCGCACGAUGCGCGUCCGGGCGGUCGGUGGAGAGCGGCCGCCGGCGGUCACGGCUCUGCGGCUGUACGGAGAGGACAUCUAUCACGGAGAGGAGACUGGCAAGGCGUUCAUGUGGACGCUGCCAGAGUGAUUUUUUACAUAUUUGUAUUUUUGGGUCUAAUAUGUCACAAGGAAGAGCUUGCCAAUAUGAAGACAUUUUUGUAAUCACGCAAAGAGCAAUGAUCAGUAGUAUCGACCAGAA